AUGAAAUGCAGUGCUCAACAAACCGCCAGAGGUGAAGUUAGUGACGAUGAACUGGCAACUGAAUCGGGUGGAUGUGACGACGAUGUGCUGGUACAGACGGAAGGGGACGGGACCGAUUUGAGGCCGAUGCGUCGUCGAGUCAAUGCGGCCGCCUGCGAGGCCGCCGCCACCGCCCAUCGAUCACCCCGCCCACAAAGCUUCGUCAAAGCAGUUUCGCACUAA